AUGUCUUCAACUAAGAACACGGUCCCGGUCCUUGAGGGCAGUGCCCUGAAGGUGCCUAACAACACACACGCGGCGGCGGCAAAGGCACCAGGAGACCCAUUAGUCCUUCCGCCCAACACAAGCAGCGAGCACUUCCGGAACUUCAUCAAGAGGGCUCGUGAGAUCACUGGCCCGGAAAAUGUCUUCGUCGUGGAGCGGGAAGACCAGCUCGUUGACGGCAACUACAUGGAGCCCAACAAGACACACGAUAUGCAUCACCUGUUUGACCGCAGCUACUUUGCCAGCUCUGCCACGGUGGCCCCGAGAAAUGUCCCCGAAGUCCAGGCAAUGAUGCGUCUUUGCAACGAGUUUGACAUCCCUGUGUGGCCGUUUUCCAUUGGCCGCAACACCGGCUAUGGAGGCGCCGCACCUAGAGUUCCUGGUAGUAUUGGACUGAACCUUGGCAAGAACAUGAACCGUGUUCUUGAGGUCAACACCGAUGGAGCAUAUGCAUUGGUAGAGCCCGGUGUGACUUAUUAUGAUAUGCACCAAUACCUGGAGAAGAACAACCUUCGAGAAAAGGUUUGGCUUGAUGUACCUGAUUUAGGAGGUGGUUCUAUUAUUGGUAACGCCGUUGAGAGAGGUGUUGGAUAUAGUCCCUAUGGCGAUCAUUGGAUGAUGCACUGCGGAUUGGAGGUGGUUCUACCCAAUGGAGAGUUGAUCCGAACUGGCAUGGGAGCCAUGCCAGAUAGGACAGCUGGGCAUCGGGACGGACUGAGACCAGACGAGCAACCUGGUAACCGAGCCUGGCAGUUGUUCAAUUAUGGGUUUGGCCCGUAUAAUGAUGGAAUUUUCACCCAGAGCAGUCUUGGAAUCGUUGUGAAAAUGGGAAUUUGGUUGAUGCCAAACCCCGGUGGUUACCAAGCAUACAUGAUAACAUUCCCUCGGGACGAAGACUUGCAUCAAGUCAUCGAGAUCAUCCGGCCACUCCGAGUCCAAAUGGUUCUGCAAAAUGUGCCCACUUUGAGGUCUCUCUCCAUGGAUGCCGCUGUUCACCAUCCGAAGUCAUAUUAUACAGAUUCGGAUGCGGCUCUUACCGAUGCGCAGCUAGAUAAGAUUGCCAAAGACCUCGAUCUUGGACGUUGGAACUUCUAUGGCGCCCUCUAUGGGCCGGAGCCCAUCCGUAACGUUCUUUGGUCGGUCAUCAAGGAGAGUUUCUCCAAAAUCCCCGGAGCCAAGUUCUAUUUCCCGGAAGACCGCCCAGAGGAGAACAGCAUUCUUCGUACCAGAGCCCAGACUUUGCAGGGUAUCCCGACUUAUGAUGAGUUGAGGUGGAUUGACUGGCUUCCCAACGGUGCUCAUCUCUUCUUCUCGCCCAUCUCCAAGAUUACUGGCGACGACGCUGUCUUGCAGUAUCAGAUCACUAGGAAGCGCUGCGAGGAAGCUGGCUUGGAGGCUAUCUGUGAUUUUGUGGUAGGAAUGAGAGAGAUGCAUCAUAUUGUCUGCAUCGUCUUCAACCGCGAGGACCCAGAAUCCAAGAGAAGGGCAUUGUGGUUGAUCCGCACACUCAUUGAUGACUGCGCCAAAUACGGAUGGGGCGAAUACAGAACACAUCUGGCUGUGAUGGACCAGAUUGCUAACACGUACAACUUCAACGACAACGCCCAGAUGAAGCUCAACGAACAGAUCAAGAACUCCUUGGACCCCAAGGGGAUUCUGGCACCGGGAAAGAAUGGAAUUUGGCCCCAGUCUUACCACAAAGACUCCUGGGUCUUGUCUUCCGAUCCUGGAGAGUUGCCAGGCAAGAAGAGUGACGCAAAGUCUCAUCUCUGA